AUGAAUCCUUUGAACAAAAUCAUCUUUUUGUCUGCAUUUCUUGCAUCAGGGUUUCUCCUAAUCCUUCUAUCUUGUGCGUUGUACAAUAAUUACAAACCGUUAUGGGUCAUCUUUAUUUUCCUCAUGGCGCCACUUCCGAACAUCUUGGCAAACUCAAUUGAAGCACAACGAGACUAUAAUUUUCUAACAUUCAACGAUUACGGAAAUGCUCAGGACCUGAACCUGUCACCUUUACAAGAGUUCAGCAAGUUUGUUACAGGACUAUUGAUUGUUAGUGGUGUAGCGUUGCCGUUGAGUUUAUACCAUUGUGGGUUGAUACAACUCGAGCUGUUCCUUAUGAGUGUUUCCGGUGGGUUUAUCGUUUAUGGUGACAUAAUUUUGUUUAUGUGGUUUUUCAGUAGUGAAGUUGAAGAAAAUGAUGACUUUAAUUUUUAG